UCGUUCAAGACUUGGAAAGCUAUCAAAGUCAAGAUCGAAAUGUUCGAGUUCAACACGAUAAAGAAGAAAAUGUGGACAUUUUCCUAUUGAUUUUAGUCCCAAUCUAUUAUUGUGUUUCUUUUUGUGCGUAAUGGAAAGUAUGAGAAGAAGCACAACAUGGGGACUUAGUGGAGGUAAAGAAGAGGUGUUGCAUCGUCGAAGGUUGUUCUUUUGGCCCAUUCCUACGAAUCGUCCACCUGGUUCUGUGUUUGUUCUUCUUUGGGUUUCUUAGAUUACUGGGUUGUUGAUCAGCUUGAAAUAUAUGGCGGGUUCUUUCUCCUGGAAUUCACGCGAUGCUUAUUCUACUGAUUUUCCAAGAUUGUUCGAUAGGUUUUCACAGUCACAACAUACUGGUGGGUUGCGAACCCUAAUGGGUCGAGGUGGGUCGUCUUCGUUGGUUCUGGACAGUGAGAAGGGGGAGCUUGUUAAGGCUCCAACGAGAUUAGGGCAGAAGACGAUACCUGAAGCCAAGGCUCUUGCGGCCUUGAAGAGCCAUAGCGAGGCCGAAAGAAGGCGUAGGGAGAGGAUUAAUUCUCAUCUCGCUACGCUUCGGAAGCUUGUCCCCUGUACAGAAAAGACAGACAAGGCUACAUUGCUAGCAGAGGUGAUUAGUAAUGUUAAGGAGCUGAAGCGAAAUGCAAUUGAAGCAAGUAAAGGUUUUGUCAUACCAAUGGACGUCGAUGAGGUGAGAGUUGAAACUCAUGAGGAUGGAUCAUCAUCAGGACACCCUUUUUGUAUCCAAGCAACUCUGUGUUGUGAUUAUCGUCCGGAGCUUCUCUCUGAUCUAAGACAAGCACUUGAGGCUCUCCAUUUGAAGACUAUGAGCGCAGAGAUCUCAACCUUGGGAGGGAGAGUGAAGAAUGUCUUGGUAAUGACAAGUUGCAUAGAAGGGACUGCUGACACUGCUGAACUACGGCACUUCCUUGCAAGUUCUGUGCACCAGGCCUUGAGGAAUGUCCUUGACAGGGCUUCUUCUGCCUCCUCAGAAUUCUCACCGGGAAUUACUACACUUCCAAACAAGAGGCGAAGGCUUUCACUUAUUGAUUCUUUGACUUCAUGUUCAUGAGAUCUGAGCUCUUGAUAGGAAUUAUGGUUCUGUUCAUCUUCUAUAUCUUUUUUUUUUUUUUAAUGUUUAUAUGGAAAAAUUUGCACCGACGUGGUAUGAAGCUUUGCUAACCACAUGUAUUCUCUGCUACAUAAGCUCAUAAUAUAUGUAAAGGGAAAACUUGCCUGCUUGUUGAUUGUGAAUAUGUUAUACUUUCAUUUGAUAAUAAAAAAGAUGGAUUUC